GUGAGUUUUUGAGAGCCAAUCUCAGGUGCUCCAGCAGUCCAAGACCCAGUGUUGUGGAGGGAAAAUGUGGGACACAAGGUCUCUUGAGAAGAUGGUCAACAGGACAACUCUGAGCACACGGCGUGUGCUCCACAAAAACAUUCUUGACCUUGAAGAACAAUCGUCUCCGUGCUCAUCUCUGAACGCCAGAACAGACAAGCACCUGAAAUCUCCUCUGAAGCCUGUGAUUGGGUGGGACAAGCCUGACAUUCCUGCCUUGGAAGAAUUUAAGCUGGUGGCAGAGAAGGAGAAACAUACCGCUCUUAGACUGCAGGAGGAGAGGCUUCGGGCCCAGUUUGAAGAGGCUCUGCGAGCGAGGGACAGGCUGGAAGCUGAAGUGAGGCUGGAGCUGCAGGUGGAGCUGCAGGGUAUGUUCAGAGCUCAUUGUGAUAACCUGAGGGCUCAGAUGGAGGAGAAGAAGGUCCAGGCCGCAGGGGAGGCCUGCAGGAAACUGAGAGAACAACUGGAGAAAGAGGCAGAAGAGGACAGACAGAGAAUAAUACAGGCUUUACGAAAUGAAAAUCAGGAGGAUGUAAGGAUGUGUGUGCAGGAGGCAGUGAAAAGUGUUUGUGAUGAGUGCGACAUGAAGGCGGAGAGAGAGAGACACGUCCUACAGGACAAGCAUGCAGAGGAGAUAUCUGAACUUCAUGACAGGCUCCGGCAGCUGCAGGACAGUCUGGAGCAAGUCUGCCGGGAGCGCGUUGAGUAUGAAGCAGAAUUUAAGAAGGUGCAGGCUAGCUACAGGCGGUUUGUGGAUCUGACUGAUUCCUCCCUUCACUCUGAUUACCUCUUAAAACUCCGCAGACUGGGAAGAGAGCCGGGUCUCACAGACACUGCGUCACAAACUGAUGACAUCACACCUGAACUGUGACCUUGUGAUGCCUGUAAUCUCACUUGGGUGUCACGGUGUGAAAUGAUAUGCUCUCUAACACUCUUUUAUACAGUGUUUUACAGAUGUGUUUUAGACCUUAUGAGGUAACACUAAAGUUGUAUUUGUUAACCUUAGUAAAAGCAUUAGCUGACAUGAACGACAAUAAAGCACAAUGUAGAUUUUUUUUACAUUUAUUCAUCUUUGUUAGUUAAUGUCAGUUCAAGUUAGUUCGUUGUGCAUUAUCUUAUGUCAACAGUUACACUUAUCUUUGUUCUUAUUACGGUUAUUAUGGAAAAUUGAUUAGUAAAUGCUAAAAUGAACAUAUACACAUUUACUGUAAAUGUCCUUUUAAAAAAGUUUUUUUUUCUGCAUGAAUAUUUGCUUUAUAUUAUUUUAAAUAUUUACUUUACUGCAAAAAAAGAGAUAAGGAUAAUUCGUGGGAAAACAGUCACAAAAAUGUUAACCUCAAAUCUUCAAAAAUGUUUGUGCUCAUGUUACUUGUCAAUUACUCAUAUUUAAAUGUAAUUUUAAAUGUCAUCUUAAAGUUUUGUUUUUAUAAAAUUAAAUGUCACUUUAAUAUCAAGAUAUGCCUGACAUGUUUUGUUGUUUUUCAUGUCCCUUC